ACGAUUUGUUCCGUGCUGUCCUAUGAACCUGUCUUAACUCUGACCAGUUUCCCGCGUCACCUAUUAAUUAUUCUUUUCUUUUCUUCCAUUCCUCUUUUUCUUCCCUCCCACUCCUUCAAAACCCAACCCAACACACUUUUUCAUAACAACUCUUCCAAAUUCCAAUCAUGUCCUUCAUCCUUCUCCUCCUCUUUUCUUUUCUCACCCCCUCUUUCUCCCAACCACCACCCCCCAAAGGCAUCCUCAUCGACUGCGGCUCUCAAUCAAAAACCCAAAUCAACAACCGUACAUGGCUUCCCGAUUCAAAUUUCAUCUCAACCGGAACACCAAAAACCCUAACCACCUCUGUUCUUCUUCCAUCUCUUCAAACUCUUCGUUCUUUUCCAUUUCAAGUCAAAAAACAUUGUUACAAUAUUCCAGUAUAUCGCAACGCAAAAUAUCUAGUAAGGUCAACUUAUUUCUACGGUGGAAUUAACGGUCCUGAUCAUCCUUCGCCGCCGGUGUUUGAUCAGAUCGUUGAUGGAACUUUAUGGAGUGUUGUUAAUACGACGGUGGAUUAUUUAAAUGGGAAUUCGAGUUUUUAUGAAGGGGUUUUCUUAGCUAAAGGGAAGUUUAUGAGUUUUUGUAUCGGGUCAAAUACUUAUACGGAUUCUGACCCGUUUGUUUCUGCUUUGGAGUUUUUGAUACUUGGGGAGUCUCUCUAUAAUACCACUGAUUUUAACAACUUUGCAUUUGGUUUGAUUGCUAGAAACAGCUUUGGUUACUCCGGACCAAGCAUUAGAUAUCCUGAUGAUCAGUUUGACCGUAUAUGGGAGCCAUUUGGGCAGAGUAAUUCAACUAAAGCAAACACUGACAAUGUUUCUAUUUCUGGAUUUUGGAAUCUUCCACCUGCAAAAGUAUUCGAAACACAUCUAGGAUCUGAUCAAUUAGAAUCCUUGGAACUAAGAUGGCCUACACCAUCACUUCCAAGUUCCAAAUACUACAUUGCUCUAUAUUUUGCUGACAACACUGCUGGACCAAGAGUUUUUAACAUAAGUGUUAAUGGUAUACAUUAUUACCGCGACUUGAAUGCGAUCCCAUCGGGGGUUGUUGUCUUUGCCAGCCAAUGGCCUCUUUCUGGUCCUACAACAAUAACUUUAACUCCUUCUGCUAGUUCAUCAUUGGGCCCCUUAAUUAAUGCCGGAGAAAUAUUUAAUGUGUUGCCUCUUGGAGGAAGAACUUCCACUCGCGAUGUUAUUGCGUUGGAAAGGGUAAAAGAGAGUCUUCGAAAUCCUCCACUUGAUUGGAGUGGUGAUCCUUGUGUGCCUCGGCAUUACUCAUGGACCGGUAUCACGUGCUCUGAAGGACCCAGAAUCCGUGUAGUGACUUUAAAUUUGACAAGCAUGGAACUUUCAGGAUCUUUAUCGCCUUUUGUUGCCAAUCUGACAGCUCUGACUAACAUCUGGCUUGGGAAUAACAGUUUAUCCGGACAAAUUCCUAGUCUCAGUUCACUAACGAUGUUGGAGACACUGCACUUGGAAGACAAUCUGUUCAGUGGAGAGAUUCCUUCAUCCCUAGGGAACAUCAGCAGCUUGAAAGAAGUAUUUUUACAAAACAACAAAUUAACGGGUCAAAUUCCAGCAAAUCUUGUUGGAAAACCAGGAUUGGUCGUCAGAACUUCUGGAAAUAAUUUCUUGACACCUCCAGCACCUUGAUAUAUAAAGACUUUCCUUUUGUCAAGAUUCUUUUGUGCUUAGAUUAUUCUGAUUUUGGUGGAAAUUCUUCGUUUUCAACUUGUAAACUGAAGAUCAAACUUCAAUUCAACCUUCUCUCGCGAUGUAGCAUACAGAUUUAUUGUUUUGACUUGGAGUGUACUUUCAUAUUGGUGGAAUAGAUUCAUUCAACUUUGAUUAACUGUUCCUUAAAAGUUGGAAUCUUCUUUGAAUUUGUAUAUUUACAUAUCAUAUUGUAUAGGCAUUAUUUAUUAUUUUAUUAAAAAAUUUAAUGCCGUUUUUGUGUUUUUCGUUUUCCAUAAUCGUUUCACGUUCUGGUUCUAGUGUAUUUCCUCAUAUAAUAUCUUAGAAAACUCAGAUUGCGUUUGGACAAGUAAUGAAAAUGUUUGAAGUGGAGCGAUAUAAAUUUUGGGUUAAAACGUGGUAUCUAAUCUCUUGAUAGUCUUAAAGCAUAGACCAGUUUGUUGAGCACCUUCUGGACUCCACAACAAAUCCAUACCCUCAAAUGGAAAGGGAAAUAUUGCACUGAAAAUAUCUCAAACAAACAUGCCUUUAUAUAUGAUGAAUUUUCAUAUUGUAAUUAAAGAUAAGUCAUUUAAAAUGAUUGACAAAAAUAUUCCAUACAAGUCACAUCCCAAUUAUUAGAAUUUAAACUUAAGGCCAUACAUCUGAACACACCUAGUUUAUAUGCAGACCCAUCCCUAAAACUAACCUUUUUGCUAUAUAAAGGUUGGUUCAGUUUGUUUAUUUAUUUUUACUAAAUAAAGGUUGGUUCAUACUUCAUAGUUCCUAGUUGUUAGCUUCUUUUAUUCUCUAAAUUUUGUUCAAUCCUAUACUGUCAAUUAUAGUCAAAGGAUUAUUAUUUGAACUC